AUGCCAAUUGACAAUGAGGAGAACCUCCGAGCUCGACUUACGAAAGCAUUGAAUGAGAUUGCUGGCCUCAAAUCAGAUUCAAGAACUAUAGAGUCUCUCAUCGAUGGGUCUCAGCUGAAGAGUGUCCGUCUCGAGGGUGAGAUCACAAGUCUUCAACGACAAUGCGCGGAACUUGACAGAAUUCUCAAGCGAACUCGCGAGAGAGACACUAGAGACUCUCUGGUGCCAUCUACGCAAAUAUCUAAGUGUGAGAUUUCAAGAUCAGACGUCCAGAAGCUCACCAUUGAGGUUGUUGGACUCCAAGCAUCCCUGAAGGCGCAAGUCGAAGCGUCAGACAGCGCCACUUCAGGAUUCAGAAGCUACAAUGACCAGGUUACGCAGAAUUACAUCGACCAGGAACAGGCGCUAAAAAGCAGAGGAGAGGCGGCACAUACUAUGGCAGAGCGCCAACAGAAGCUUGACGAAGCAUUUAAGGCUUGCGUUCUCACCCAGACAGAGCUGAGCGAAUCGCCUACAACGUUUCAUCAGCUAGAUCGGAUGGCAGCCGAAGCAUACGAGAAAGGUCUGCGCUCCAUCGAAGCUUUAAAGACUGGUCUAGUACACCUUGAGAAGACGAGUAACAAGCACAGAUCGCCUCCACCUGAAAGACCAUCUAGUGCUACAAGCAAACCGGCGGUUCUACGAACAAAAGUGAAUGAUGCUCAGACGGCGCCAGAGUCACUAAUCGGAUCUUCUGAUACGCAGAAUUGUCAAAGUAUACGCUUUAAGGCAAUACUUGAUGGAAUGACCCCAGAAUAUGCGAGUGGUUAUAGACUUGUCGACAAACGAAAACAGCCUAGUGACCAUAGAUAUUUGGACUUCCACUCUUUUAUGAUGACGAUCAUUAUUUUCGUCAGCAUACCAGCCAACUUAGGGAAGGAUCAAGAUGACGAGAAUGAGAUUACUUUGGUUGUGACAUGGAUUGAUUGGGAGAAGGACGUGACCUACAUCUGA